CCAACAGCGAUUAGCAAAGUUAUAAGGGUCCAUAAGUAUAUCAUAUGUGUGUCUUGGUAACAGUAACGGGGCUACGUCAGUCUGUUUCAAUAUAACAAUAUUAAGACGAGUUAAUGGCGCUACUCGGCUCUGAUUAAAGGGUUCCUGUGCUGAGUGACCGCUGACAGCUGAGAGUGACCAUCAUCCUUCAUCCAUUGCCCUCAACCUUCACAGAGCAGUAUCACCACAUCACCUACACACACAAUCACCACAUCUUCAUCGUUUUCUCAAAUUUCAUUCUACAUAUAAGAUUAUAUUAGGUUGUCUUAGAUUAGUUUAGUUUACAUUAGGUGGUUUAGAUCAGUUUGACAAGCAUUUCUCUUGUUGUUUUCUCUUGUUUUUAACUUCUAUCAGCAGGAUGCCAAGGAAGUCGAGGCGGUCUGUGGUGUUGAAGCAGCGCUGGAGGAAGCUCAACCUGGAGGAGCUGAGGUCUUCCCCCACCCCUCCGGAGACGGUGUCCUCCUUCCGAGCUCCAGUCGGCAACGCAGUUGGAUCUUCACCCCCAGCCAAGCCUUUCUGGAGCCUGGAUGAUGUGCAAGCCGUGGUACCGGUUACCGCCAUCCAGUGGAGACGUGGCCAACUUCGAAGCUCACUGGACAGAGCCACAAGUUGGUCAUCCCACCUAAGUCUCCUGACAAUUUGUUCUGAUUGUCGGGGACUCCCAUCUCCGGGCCUUUGUGGACCGUUUUGCCAAGAUGCCAGAAGGGAAGUUUUCUUUUGGUAUCAUGUCGACCCCUGGGGCCCAUGCUGCUCAGCUGCGCGCUGAGGUCCUACAUGCUAAGGUUCCUCAAGACCCUGAUGCUGUUUGUGUUCUUGCUCCUAGCAACAACCUGACCGCGAGCAGGACCGUUGACGAGGCAGCCGUCGACUACGCCCAAUUCCUCACUGCUGUGAGGAGCCGCUGGUCGGAGGAUGAGGAGCACCAGAGGGCCCUUCGCCACGCGUACCAUCAUGUGACAGCUCGUAUGGGUUUGAGGUACUUCUCUGCGGAGGAGUACUUCCCCCGUACGUGCUUGGAUCUGUGGAGCAGAGACGGCGUUCACCUGAGUGACCGUGAGGGGAUGGGGAUCCUCACCCAGCUGCUGUGGGCCUCCACGGAGCAGUUCCUCGAGACACCACCACUACCUCCCCCUCCCCCGGUGUCUCCUACUCCUUCACAGCCACUUAGGAAGGUUUCUCCUAAGCUGGUUGUGAAGGGAGAGGUGCAUGCUCCUCUGUCUCCUGACCCCUUCCAGUGGAAGGUUGUUGGUCAGAGCAGCAAGCCGCAGGUUCCUGGUCCGGCCAGCGUGGCUCAGCAGCAGGAGAAGGAGUCCUUCCUUCCACUGAACCCACGGUGGUUCAGUAGCACGACCCUUUGUGCUAUGGAGGAAGUGUCUCCUUCUCAGCUGUCUGACGUGGUGGACGUCCCAUCUCUUCCAGCGCGCAAGAAGGUGGCCUCCCCAACGGCAGCCAGGCGUCAUAGGACCACGGAGAGACGCCCUCCUGCCACCAGUCUCCUGUGAACAACCAGGUUGGAUCCCCUCCAGCCAGGCUGUCACGGAGACUGGAGGACGACGGCCCCUCCAGCCCGGUUCCUCAGUCCAGGACCACGGAUGGAACACCCCCUCGCACCCAAACUUCAGUGACCAACCUGAUUGGAUCCCCUCCAGUCAGGUUGUCCUGUAGUUUGGGUGAUCCGGCGACCCCCUGCUGUUGACCGGUUGCGAAGGUGGCCAGGAUGAAGACCCCUUCACCGGCUGGACCAUCCCAGACCAUUAAAGCUGCCUGUCACUCUCCUUGCCCAACCGUCGGGACACCAGUUCCCUCAUCGUCCUGCUGGCCCUGGAUUAUUGAUGACGGACUUGCCACCUCUCAUUCCCCUUCUAAAGAGGUGCCGCUUAGUGCUAGUAUUAGGGCUAGUCAUAGUCAGAGUGACAUGAGGUACAGGAAGUUCUCCAGGAACCAACAGUGUACCUGCAUGUCCCUGACUUUUCUGGCUUAUCUGAACGAGGUCUGUCAGUUUAACACUGCUGUCCUUGAUCGAGUGCUGGCAAAGGGAGAUUCACUUUUUGUAGGU